AUGCACAGCCUCCAACGCAAGGCUGGACUACCUUUUGUCUCUCCUCCGUUGCACACGUUCUUGGGGGCAUCAGACGACAACUGGGACUACCUGGCCGGGCAGUACUACUACAACGCCGGGUCCCAGAAGAUCCGAAUAGACUCGACCGUACCUGGUGGCUUCCUCUCCUCCUACUCCUACUACGUCUAUGGAAGUGAAUGGAUCUACACGUUCUCGAAUACGGCGAACACCACUUGCCAGAAGUACGGCCUGGACAAGGGUUCGUUUCCCGACGUCAACUGGUUGCAGAAUGCACAGUAUGUGGGAGUCAAGCAGGUCCUCGGUGUGGACACUUAUCACUGGCACGGCAAAGGCAAUCACUUGGGACCGGAUGUGGGCCUCAACGUUUACGACUACUUCGUGUCCACCAAUGACAGCUCGCCCGUGCUCAUCUCUAAUGCUGGUUUCGUCCAGUACUUCAUGACCUUCAACACGGUGAAUAUGAGCCAACAGUUGUGGAACUAUCCCAGCAUGUGCGGUCUCUAA